AACUCCUUCUCCGAUGAUGACGGCGUCGUAUGAAGACAUUGUGACAUUUGUAGCUAAUCAGCUGAAAUGUCCGAUUUGUUUCGACAUUUUCACAGACCCAGUCACUUUGGAGUGCGGACACAGUUACUGCCUCCAGUGCAUUAAAGACCAUUUAAAGCGGACUGUGAGGAAGAAAUGUCCUCAGUGUAGAGCUGAGCUCAGACCAGACUGCAAACUCCACAAAAAUGUCACCAUCAGCACCAUUCUGGAAUUACAGGAACUGGGGGGUCGGAAAAUGUGGGAAAGGGUCCUGAUCGAAAGUGAGGAAGAGCUCUCUCAGGAUGCUCUACAGAGAAAACUGGACUUCUUGAAGCAGGAGAUGGAAAAGAUCGAAAUGCAAGCUGAAUUUCAUUCUCUCAUUCAGAAUGGGACCUGUUUCAUCAGAGACAAUAUCAGGACUUAUGAGUCAUCAUCAUCAGUGGAAAUGUUGAGUUCCUCACUGGACUGUGAAGGAGGAAGUCAGGGUGCUGAGAACAGCUUGAGUCUUCCAUCAGUUACUCAGAUUGACAAGGUUGUUAAGAACUCAGAGUCUGCUUCAGAGGAGAACAGAGCGAGCGUGCCAGAGGAUCCAGACUCUCUUGGAGGGUUCUCUGAGGGUGGAAUGUCUGCAGCUACAGCUCUUAGUGCUGAGUUCGUCUCGCUGUCCUUCCCAUCCAGCCUGUGUCACCGGCGUUUGGUUUUCCUCGAUCAGAGACGGAGGAUGGAGGUGAGGUCGUCAAUGCCUUUGAGGACGCGCCUCUGCCGUUUCAAGGCGUGUCAGUGUAUGGCGGAGCAGGAAUUCACCACAGGGCGGCACUACUGGGAUAUAGAGACCAGCGCGUGCAGUGGCUGGGCGGCUGGAGUGGCGUACACCAACCUGGGACAAGAUGAGCGGCUCGGGAGGAGUAAAUCGUCCUGGUGUAUCGAGUGGAGCAGCGGCAGUUUCAGCGCCUGGCACGACAGCUCAGAGACGCCGCUGAAACAGAGACACCCAAGCAGGCUCAGAGUCCUGCUGGACAUGGACACUGGACAUCUGUCCUUCUGGAGUGGAGCAGAUGGAGAAGCUGAGCUGUUUGACAUUCGGGUGGAGUUCAGAGCCCCAGUUAGGCCCGUGUUCUGGCUGUUUGGGACAAAGCCAGGAAAUGCCCUGUCCUUCCCCAUACCCUGACUCUGGUCUCACUCUGAAAUCAUCCACACUGGGAUGGAAAAGACACAAAAUAUUCUAAACACUUUAUUGGUUGUUGUACUGUUUAUAUAUUAUGUGAACCAUAUUAUAAUGUAUUAUUUAUCAAAUAAAUAAUGAGUGUAAUGUAUGAAAAUAACCACAAAUGUGUUUUGUUAAUGUACAAAAUGCAAAUCCUAUAAGUAUUUUAUAAACAUUUCUUUAGUAUUUUACAUAUUUUAAGAAAAAGUUAUUAAAUGUUUUUAUCUAUGUAUGUAUCAUAAACAUAUUAAACAUCCAC